GAGACAGAUAUAUAUAUCACACCGCCCUCAUAUCACCUAGAUAUCAGCGCAGCGGAACAAAACAGUGUCAUGGCGCAGCAGGAGAUCAUCCUCUAUGAUAUUCCGCGGCAGGAGCUAGAGAAGGGAGGUUGGUCAGGAAACACCUUGAAAGCGAGACUUGCGCUAGAGUUCAAGGGCUUACCGUACAAGACAGUCUGGGUCGAGUAUCCUGACAUCGCGGCUCAUUGCCACAAGAUCGGUGCCCCGCCCACUGGUCAAAGGGACGGCAAGCCCCUUUACACGCUUCCGGUCAUCAAAGAUCCCAACACGAACGCUGUUGUCUCGGACUCGUAUGCCAUCGCGGAAUACCUGGAUGCACAUUAUGCUGCCCCUCGGCCUCUUAUACCUGCGGGCACCGAGGGCCUGCAGGCCGCGUUCUUCAAAGCGGUCACGGAUACCGCUUUGAGGAGCGUCUUGCACCCUACAAUCCUCAAGCGCGUUUCCGAAUUCCUGAACCCUCCGAGUCAAGAAUACUUCAUCCGCACGAGAGAAGCAGUGUGGGGAAAGCUGGACGACGUCUGUCCCCCUGGACCGAAGCGAGAGCAGCAGAUGAAGGCUGCGAAGGCUGGCUUCGACAUUGUCAAUGGCUGGUAUGCGAAGGCUGGGGAAGACAAGCUAUACCUGAUGGGCGAUACACCUUCAUGGGCAGACAUUAUAGUUGCCGCGUAUACGUUGAGCAUCAAGCGUAUACAUGGCGAGAAUUCCGAUGAGUGGAGGCAGUUGUCAAGCUGGCACGGCGGUAGAUGGGCUAAGCUGGUUGAUGCUCUAGGGAGCUCCACUUGACGUGCCCAAGGUAGCUAUGUAACAGUGUAAUAUGUAAAGAAGAGUAAAGAAUCAUCCAUUUCUGUGUAUCUGA